AGCCACUUGCAGUGAUAUCAACAUCUUGCCACUCUGACACUUGACUGCUUCUAUAGCAUAUCUUUGCUCACGACGUUGAACCAUCAUCUCGUACAAAUCAAAAUCAAUCCUUGGGCAGAUAAGACCAAUUUCACGCGGCAUCAGGACUUGACGCGGAGUAGAGAACAAUGGAUCAGGGCCGGAUGAGCGGUGGAACGACAGCGAGGCACACUGCCUUUGCCGCACACUCACAACAUGUCAUCACCUGCCUUCAGUUUGACGAUGACAAGGUUGUCACCGGGAGCGACGACACCCUAAUCCAUGUUCACGACAUCAAGUCGGGCGAGCUGAGGCAAGAGCUACGAGGUCACGAAUCUGGCGUCUGGUGUCUCCAAUACGAAGGAAACAUACUGGUCUCUGGCUCCGCGGAUCGAAGCGUCCGAGUCUGGGAUCUCAACAGCGGACAAUGGCAGCAUGUCUUACGUGGCCACGCUGCCGCUGUGCGCUGUCUUCAGAUUCGGAUGAAGGAAAAGCCAAGAACUGACACGGAUCCGCGCGACGUGGAGGAUGCCACUACAAUACAGCAUCACCCGCUGAUCAUCUCUGGAUCCCGUGACGGCCAAGUACGCGUUUGGCGGCUUCCCAAGAAUGAGGAUGAUGAUCGCCAUGAGAAUCUGGAACACCACGGGUUACAGGACAAUCCCUACUUUGUACGUGCACUAUGCGGCCACACAGAGACCGUACGUCAUCUCGCGGGCUCUGGAGAUAUGUUGGCCAGCUGCUCUGACGAUUCUACUGUCCGUAUCUGGCAUGUUGGCACAGGCGAGCUGCAUCACGUCCUAACCGGCCACUCACAGAGAGUGUCCGCAAUCGUUGUAGAUGACGAGCGCAAUCGAAUCGUAUCCGCAUCGUUGGACUCUCGAGUCAAGGUGUGGGACCUACAGACCGGUAGCUGUGUUUUCACACUCCAAGGACAUGAACUACCUGUACGAUUCCUAGCCCUUCACAGGGAACACUUGUCCUCUGCAGACGACACGACAAUUUGGACGUGGAAUCUUGAGACAGGCGACCGUCUCCAGAAAUUGGCCAUAGACGCAAGACAUGUUUGGGGUCUUCAGCUUGAUGCCACAAGAACAAUCUGGGGUGGCAGUACGGCCGUGCAUAUGCAGGACAGGCGCACGGUCGAGAGCACCUGCUUGAUUUCGGGCUUGAAUAGUGUCUGGCAGGUCAAGUCUGAUGAACAGAGAUGUGUGGCAGCCGUACAGCGGGGUGACGAGACCUAUGUUGAGAUAUUUAGUUUCGACGCCGCGCAAGGAAGUUGAUCCCAUCAACUCGGUAGCUCCUCUGCCUUUGCAGACGGCGUGAGUAGGUGUUGAUGUGGUUAUAUUGGCCUCUCGGUGUACAUGACGCACGGCGAAGCCAAUAGUCUGAUAAGAGCGUUACAUAUCACGCAUAAUGUAAAUGUCACAAGAGCAAACA